AUGGAUUUAGGUUUGUACCAAAGCCAUCAUUUAUGGAAACAUAUUCAUUUGUCUCUAACUCUAAGCCCUACCGCAUACGCAACAAAAUUAUGUACCAUGCUCGGCAUGGAUAGCGUGCACCCCCAUGGCUCUAUUCUUUAUUCCGAGUUCGAAGGCUACAAGCUAGUUAGAAGCAAAGAAGGUAGCGCCUGUUCAAAAUGGAGUUACUCGCCUUUUCAAGCUAAAGGUUUAACUGCUGGUUUUCCUGAUUGUUUGCUUUCGGGUCCGCCCAUCUGCAGCAAAGCUAUCACUCCAGAAAACUAUUCAAUUGAAUUUUUAAAUAUUAUUGCCUCACAGAAUGGUUUUUAUUGGGAUCCUCACAGUUCUUUUGAGAGUAUACUAUUUGUAGAUAAAAACGGGUUCCUAGUUCGCCUGACCUUUGAGGAGAGAGUCAAAGAAUUUAAGUUAUUACAAUUGCCAAACUUAAAAAGUAGUUCUACUAUACCUACCAUAUUGGCUAUUUCUUCUGAUUUCAUCGUUGUUGGAGAUGGUUGUAGUACUUUAUACUUUCUUGAGCUUCAGAACGGCGAGUUGGGAAUAAGCUACGAGCAGCACCUUGAGCAUUGCUUCACCUUUAAGCUUCUAGCAGCAGAUAAAAAAAAGGAUAUAAUUGUGUUACUUUUCUGGAGCUCAAAGCACGAGGGAAUAAUAAAAAAAGGAAGCGUUUUUUAUCCCGUCCAAAUAUCUCUUUUAACUUUGAAAAAAAAAAAAUCAGAGGAACAGAAAGUUGCGUAUAAAGUAGAGUCCAAUAUAACUGUUUAUGGAUUCAGCUUUCCCAGCUUUGGGCAGAUCUCUGGAGAUUUUGACAAAUUUGCAGUUCUAACAAGGGGCAAUUUUUUCUAUGAAGAAGGGGAAGAGCCUGAGAAUGCGAAUGAAGACGAUUCACUACAAGUGUUAGUCUUUGGCAGCUCCAAGCAAGAACUUACCAGAUUUUUCUUUUCUGGUAGUUCAAAGUUUAUGCUUGCCUCGCCACCUAACGAAAGAAACAGAUCGUCUUUCGGUGUUGAGAGCGGCGUUGAUUGCCUUUUUUAUGAAUUGAGUGACGAUCUUUCGGAAGUGAAACACACAACCACCUUUCCCGCCUUUGCUUAUAUUCUCGAAUCGAAAGAAAACAGCAAGUAUGUCUCUUGUGACAUGCUAAAGAAUUACGUGGCUGUUUGCGAGUGCUCGAGGAGGCUCUAUAUUUAUUAUAAACCAGAAUCAAAUUCCUUAACCGGCAUUCAACGCGUCAUCGAGUUGGAUGAUCCGGAAGAGAUAAUAGGACUCUGCCUAACAAAAAAAUUUAUAAUUGUCUCCACUAACCAAUGCCUGCACUGCUUCGAUAAAAGCGCUCUUGAUAUCGAACCGGCAGGGGUGCCAUAAAAUCUUAACUCAGCAAUUGUGGAUGACUUUUAAUUUUAUUGCUAUAAUUAUUAUUCUCCUUUUUUAAAUACCACAUA